GUAAGCCCCUCCCCCGUCAGCUGUACGCGCUCGUGCGAACGGAUCAGCGCGCGCAGGAUCCGGGCCCACCUCGUGCUACCCGACGACGAACGUGCGUCGCGCCCCGAUGUGACGCCUGAAGCGCUCCGCGCCCAGUUAGUCUUGUCGUCUUGUUCCUUUCCUUCUUUCUGCGUUCUUGGCUGUGCUCAUCGUCAUCGACACCCACCGAACCUUCCUCGGCUGCGAUCGACGCUCUAGUUCUUACCUCUUAGCCUCCGCCCCCCAUGUCCACCCAGCCGCUGCUCCAGAGGACCGCGAACAAGCGCAUCGCGCUCCCCGUGCGUGUUGAGCCGAAGGUCUCCUUCGCGAACGAGCGCACGUUCCUCUCCUGGCUGCACUUCACGGUCGUGCUCGGCGGCCUCGCCGUCGGGCUUCUGAACUUUGGCGACAAGAUUGGCAAGAUCAGCGCGGCCAUGUUCUCUGUCGUCGCGGUGGCGAUCAUGAUAUACGCGUUGUAUACGUACCACUGGCGCGCCGCCUCGAUCCGGAGAGGUGGCAAGGGCCCGUAUGACGACAGGCUGGGUCCGACAGUACUGUGUAUCGCGCUGCUCGUCGCGAUCAUCGUCAAUUUUGCCCUACGGUUCGCCGGACCCGAGUGAACGCAGACGACCUGCUCCUCGUCUUCCCCUAUACCUCACACUCCUCUACGCCUUCCCCUACUCCCCUCCCCCCGCCCCGUCCUGUCCUUCACCGCUAUCCUCUUUGCUCUGCAUCCUGUAGUAGUCUCACUUCAAGCCGCAGCCUACG